AUGGCCGGCCUUGAGGAAUGGUACUACGAGAUGCCGCUCGUGACGCGUGUCUACCUGACCGCAUCGAUUGUCACCACCGGCUCUUGCGCGCUUGAGCUCGUCUCUCCCUUUUCGCUGUACUUCAACUUCAAUCUCGUCGUCUUCAAGUUCCAGGCCGCGACCCAAGUGUGGCGGCUCUUUACCAACUUCUUCUUCUUUGGUUCGAUCGGUCUCGACUUUCUCUUCCACAUGUUUUUCCUCGUGCGGUACUGCCGCCUGCUUGAGGAGGGCAGCUUCCGCGGCCGCACCGCAGACUUUGUCGCAAUGCUGCUCUUUGGCGGAGCACUGCUCUGCGCUUGCUCGCCCUUCACCGACGUGCCGCCCUUCCUCGGCUCGGCGCUCGCAUUCAUGAUGGUGUACGUGUGGGGCCGCCGCAACGAGCACGUGCGCAUGUCCUUCCUCGGCCUCUUCCAGUUCCGGGCGCCCUACCUGCCGUGGGUGAUGCUGGGCAACUCCCCCUCGGUCGACCUGAUGGGCAUCGGCGUCGGGCACAUCUACUUCUUUCUGGAGGCCGACGUGUUCCCGCACACGCCGGCGGGGCGCGGGCGGAGGGUGCUGCAGACGCCGCAGGCGCUGCACGCGCUGCUGCGACUCGUCUCGAGCCAGGACACCGACCGUUUCGGCGGCGUGGGGGAGCGGCUAGAAAUUGAGCCACUAGAAGAGAGGCGUGAUGAAUGA